AUGUUGAUGUGCCUUGGGAAUUGUAUUAGACUGUCUACACUCCCUCUCCAACCUGGAAUGCUCUUCCUUCAACUCUUAAAAUGUCUAGUUCAUUUGCAUUUUGGGGGGGUUCCAGCUCAACUACUACUUGCUUUUUUUUUUUUCUUUUGUUCAACUAGCAUGGAUCUUGAUGGCUCUGAACAAGAUCCUGAAAUGAAGGAAUAUUCUUCUGUCUAUGUUGGCAGAGAAGAGGACAUUAAAAAAUCUGAAAGAAUGACAGCUGUUGUCCAUGAUAGAGAAGUGGUCAUUUUCUACCACAAAGGAGAAUAUCAUGCUAUGGAUAUUCGCUGUUACCACUCAGGAGGACCUUUACAUUUGGGAGAUAUAGAGGAUUUUGAUGGACGACCAUGUAUAGUUUGCCCCUGGCAUAAAUACAAAAUUACUUUGGCAACAGGAGAAGGACUGUAUCAGUCUAUAAACCCUAGAGAUCCAUCAGCAAAACCCAAGUGGUGCUCCAAAGGAGUAAAGCAAAGGAUCCAUACGGUGACGGUGGACAAUGGGAAUAUUUAUGUGACUCUUUCUAAUGAACCUUUUAAGUGUGACUCUGAUUUUUAUGCCACUGGAGACUUCAAAGUAAUUCGGAGUUCUUUCUGAUAAAACUAUAUGGCAAUGAAAACUGUUGUGUAUGUUUUGAAUAUAUUAGAAUAACUGUGCUUCACUACCAAAGAGUAUUAAUUUUUCCAACAUAGGCACAUUUAUUACUUAUCUUAAAAAUCACAUAAAGCUGAGCAGUUCAAAAGUACAUAUAUUUAGUGUGAUGGAAGGAUUAUUAUCAGGGUCUAUAGAAUACAUUUCAUAGUCCUCUGGAUUGACUGGAACCUGAAGGUUAUAGGUUUGGAAUGUGCAUUUUAAGAAGGGUGAAAAUAUUUGCAGUAACCACAGUGAAGGAAAGGUAAAAAAUUAGAUCUAAUAAAAAAUAUGGGGGAGGUAAUCCCUAUUUUGAUUAGCAGCCUUUAUCAUGCAAAAGUUUUAAUAUACACAAACUAAACAGAGUAGCAUAAUAAACUCUCAUCACCC